UUGUCAAGUGAAUAUCUUAGAAACGUCAAAUCAAACGUGAAUUUGAGCAAUUUUUGAGGAAAUUGGUACUUUUCCUUUAGCGAAAUAGUAAUUCCAUUUAAAGUUAAUAGAAACCUUCAAAAGAAAGGAUUUCUACGAAAUGGCAUUGAGAACCACAGCCGUUCUCCGCAGCAGCCUCAGCAAGUGGGCUUAUAAUCUCUCAGGGUUUAAUAAGUACGGUCUACAACGAGAUGACUGUUUGUAUGAAAAUGAAGAUGUCCAGGAGGCACUUCGCCGUCUCCCGGCUCAUGUAGUAGAUGAGCGUAACUUCCGCAUGAUCCGCGCCAUUCAGUUAUCCAUGCAGAAGCAAAUUCUACCCAAAGAGGAGUGGACUAAAUGGGAAGAAGACAAACUUUACCUCACGCCCAUUGUUGAACAGGUCAAGAAGGAAAGGUUGGAGCGUGAAUCGUGGGAGAAGGAAUAUUAGCUUCUUUCUAUGUUAUGUUAAUUUGUAUCUUAUUAUUAUUUAAAUAAACUUAGCUUGUAUUUGAA